AUGAGUACCCAUCCAGAAUCAUCUGAUAGGCCCGCAACUACAUCACCGACUGACUUGACAAAUCUGGGAGCUCAACUGAGUGAAGUUCUAAACCGAUUUAAUGAGCUGAGCGUUGGAAUGAUGGCCCAACGGCGAGUAAUCGAUCAAUUGGUGGCUAAUGGUGCUAGCGGUGAACAACAUGAGCCCCUACCUCCUGGCCAAUCUGAACCUCAACCCAUAUUUUUACCUUAUAUUCAAACCUCAGUUACUUCACAAGUCAUAAACCCACCUGAGGAAGUCUUUACUUAUCCCACUCAUGGCCCACAACCUGCUUAUGCACCUUACAUCCAAACUAACCUUCCUCAUGUCCAAAUUCCCCUAAAAUAUCCACCAAUUACUAUGAGCAUGCCAUUCGAGCCACAGGGACCUUAUUAUUACUCUACCGCUGAGCCAUUCACCCUAGAUACUGCUGUUCAAGGGAAAGUUGAAGCCGGGGAAUCAUCCGCACCAGUGGAUAAGAAUUUGCUAAAGCGAUUGGAUCGGUUUGAGGAGUUCAUAAGGAAAAGCCAAGGCUUGAACAAACAAGGAGGGUUAGACUACAACGAGCUGUGCCUAUUUCCGGAUAUGCAAUUGCCCAUGGGUUUCAAAACGCCCAAGUUUAGCAAGUAUGAUGGAACAGGCAACCCCAAGAUGCACCUUCGAAUGUUUGCCAACAAGUUGGGCAAGCCAAUAGAUGAUGAGAACUUACCUGUACGUUUAUUUCCCGAGAGCCUAGAAGGCGACGCGUUGGAUUGGUAUUCCAAUUUGAAGCCUGAGGAUGUGAGAUCUUGGAUAGAUUUGUCAACUGCUUUUAUGAGGCAGUACGAAUAUAAUUGCGAGCUUGCUCCAACGAGGGCCACACUUGAGGGGACUAAAAGAAAACCAUCUGAGGACCACAAGACGUACGCGAAGAGAUGGAGGAAAUUGGCCGCCAAGGUGGAGCCUCCUAUGAUUGAAAACGAGAUUGUUCGCACGUUCAUCAAAGCUCAUGACCCGCCUUACUUUGAGGAAAUUUUUCGAAUGACCGGGUGUUCCUUUGCCGAAAUCGUCAACAAAUUGGAAGAAUUUGAUGAGUUUGUGAAGGCCGGAAAAAUUGUUAAUGUGUCAACAUUGAAGAUGCAACUAGAGGCUCUGCAAGGCCAGAAUGACAGUGGGAAAAAAUCCCAACCUAAGGGAAAAGAAGAGGAAACUGCUUUUGUUAGGGAUCAGGGCCCCUCGGCCAGACCUAGAUUUUCAAACCGCCUUGCUUAUUCAUCACCCUAUCCAUACUACCCAAACUCCCGUCCUAUCCCCCAUACUACCAUUAACCAUUCUCGACCUCGACCCAAUUAUCCAAAUGUGCUCACACCACCCUUUCAAAAUCCUCAACCAAAUCUCCAAACUAGACCUCGCCCUCCUUUCAACCCAAGACCUAUUCCCCCCUCUAGCCCAAAUUACUACUACCAACAAACCAGUGACACCCAAAAUUCAACGUCACAUCGAACCUUCACCAAUCUAGGUCGGCCUGUUGACCAAUUAUAUGAGCAAUUGAAAGCUGUCGGGAAAAUUGGUGUUGUACCUCCUAAGAUCUAUUCUAAGCGCUUUCCUUCUGAUUAUGACUCUCAAGCAGUCUGUGCUUAUCAUUCUGGAGCUCCCGGGCACUCCACCAAUGAUUGUCGGGCAUUGAAACAUGAAAUCCAGGAUAUGAUCGAAUUCGGAGAAAUAGUGCUAAAGAAAAAGGGUGAACAGGGACAGAGCAUAAAAAAGGACACCUUCAGGGGAAUGCACGCAUGCCAGAUUUGCCGAAAGAGGAAUGAUGAAGGCUUCGUCUCUCGAAUCUCUUCAUAG